AAAACGCAUCGAUUGAGUAUAUUUUUAUCAAAAUUUGAAAGGAGCGGGGUAUUCUAUACCUUUACCAUAAUCAGUAAUAAAACAAUGGAUCCGGCUUUACUCAGAGAGCGAGAGCUCUUCAAGAAACGUGCUCUGAACACACCAAUAGUUGAUAAGAAGAAGCAGGAGAAGGAAACUACAAAAGAUGAACCGCCGAAGAAGAAACCUAAGCCAUCGUUGGUAUCUGCAGCACCGAAAUUGGACAUGGUCAACUAUAAAAGUAUGACUGGUAGCAGUCAAUACAAAUUUGGUGUAUUAGCGAAGAUAGUAAAACAUAUGAAAGCGAGGCAUCAAGAAGGAGAUGAUCAUCCAUUAACAUUAGAUGAAAUUCUAGAUGAAACAAAUCAAUUAGAUGUUGGAUCAAAGGUUAAGCAAUGGUUACAGACUGAAGCUUUAGUACAAAAUCCUAAAAUUGAAGUAACAGAUGGUAGAUUUGUAUUUAAACCUAUGUAUAAAAUUAGAGAUAAGAAGUCUUUACUGAGACUUUUAAAACAACAUGACUUAAAAGGUCUUGGUGGUAUAUUAUUGGAAGACAUACAAGAGAGUUUACCGCAUUGUGAUAAACAUUUAAAAAAUUUACAAAACGAGAUAUUAUAUAUUAUACGACCUCUUGAUAAGAAAAAAAUUAUCUUUUAUAAUGAUAAGACAGCCCAAUUCCCCAUUGAUGAGGAAUUUCAAAAAUUAUGGCGAGCUGUUGCAGUAGAUGCUAUGGAUGAUCAGAAAAUAGAUGAAUAUCUUGAGAAACAAGGAAUUAGAUCAAUGCAAGAUCAUGGAUUGAAAAAGCCAGCGCCAAUCAAACGAAAGAAACCCGUUAAUAGAAGGAAACAAUUUAAGAAACCAAGAGAUAAUGAACAUUUAGCAGAUGUUUUGGAAACAUAUGAUGAUUAAAUAAGAAUUUCAUGAUUAUC